UGCUUCUGGCAGCUCGAAACGGAAAGGCGCCUUGUUGAGUUGGGUUGAGUGACGAAUAUAGUGGGCCGAAAGACGUGUUUCUCUACUGGUUGAUGUGAAAAGUCAAAGGAAAAUAAGUGAAAAAUGCAAAGAACAAUGUUCGUGAAAUGUGUGCUUAUGCUGAUAGUUGGCACGGCUCAAGUGGGCUGGAUUGCGGCGGCGAGUGAUGCUUUCAUAGAAUUGGAUCAGUACUACCGAAUGCCUCGGAUAUACGCGUACGAUGACUACGAUGAAUGCUUCGAUUCGUUCGAAACCCCAGACCCCGUAUACUGCGUCGCUCGAUCGGUCAUCAAACCGGAUAACCACUCCGAGCUGUGGAGAUUUAUUCAGGAUUUUUCCAGCGAUACCUAUCGACACUUGCGACAUGAUCAUCUUGAUCGUGGCUUAUGCGUGGAACGCUGUCGCAGGCUAGUAUCCCAAAUGGAUAACGAAACCAUUCAACAGUUGCAUGUCGAAAAAUUCGAUAUAAAUUUCCCUUACAUCAUAGAUUCCAAAACAUUCGAAGCCGUCCAUGUCCAUCAGGAUCGCGCCAUCUACGGUCGGCUAAUCAACAUCUGCGAGAACUUCAUACUCCGCAAAGUCUACAACCUGACGGCGUACACCGAGAUCGAGUACUGCACCCGCCAAAGUCAGCAGAUCGACGUCGAUCUGCUGGAUUUGACGUUCCUCGUCGUUUCGAUGGUCCUCAUCUGCGUGGUGAUUUCAUCCACCUGGUUCGACAGUCGAAUGAACAAAAGCAAGAAGAACGAUCACUACAUCGUGGAAGUUCCGUGCAAAAGAUCAAUGCUGCUCACGUCGUUUUCGUUGAAACGAAACUGGUACCGUUUGAUUAGCCGUUCCAAAGAUCAGCUUAAUGAAGAUUUGCGCUUCUUCCAAACGUUCCGCUUCCUGACGUUUCUGCUGGUGAUCAUGGGCCAUUGUUCCGAUAUGUUUGCAGUCACUCCCAUCAGCAACACUUUCGAUCGGGAACGGGAGUAUUACAAACCGGAAGCGUUCACCCUAAUCAACGGAUCGCAGAUCGUGCAAACGUUCUUCCAAAUGAGUGGAUUUCUGCUGAGCAUACACUUCUUCACAACCCGAGCCCGCCUGAAGGAGAUCCGUUGGUCCGUGGUUGUGGCUGUGGUUGUUUAUCGAUUUAUUAGGUUGACCCCAGCGUAUGCCUAUGUGCUGCUACUGCAUGCCACCUGGUUGCCGAAGCUGCAAGAUGGGCCACUGUGGAUGCGCGGAACGCAAACCGAGAAGUACUUCUGUCGGAAGAAUUGGUGGACCAAUUUGUUGUAUGUGAAUAACUACGUGAAUGCCGAUGAGCCGUGCCUCCAACAAGCAUGGUAUCUUGCAUGUGAUUACCAGCUGUUUACACUGGGAAUGAUCCUGGUGGUUGCUGUGACAAAAUACCCCAAGCUAAGGACCCACAUCUUCUCGGUAGCCAUGUUCCUUGCUUAUUUGGUUCCGGGAUUGAUUGUAUAUUUCGCUGCAUUUGAUGGUGCCUUCAUUAAUAGGUUACAGGACGAACGAUUCAUCUUUUGGUUCGAUCGAAUGUACCAACUCACGUACGUACCAUUCCACACCAACAUGGGCUGCUACCUAGGCGGAGUCAUCAUGGGAAUAAUCUACUACAAACAGCGCAAGAACCACCACGAAGGCAAUCGAGCUUGGUAUAUGCAAGCACUGUGGUACCUGGUCGUCCCCGUUGGCAUCCUGUGCCUGAUGAGCAACUCGAUUUUCUAUCUGUACAAAUUUGAGAAGCCGGCCAUCUGGAUGGCCGUGUUCUAUCCGGUGAUGAAGCACAUGUGGAUCGCCCUAGGGGCGAUGAUGAUCUACGGCAUCAUCUACGAGUACAGCAAACCGAUCAAGGGAUUCCUAAACUUUUCUAUCUUUGUCCCGCUUGGCCGACUGACGUACUGCGCCUACGUUUGCCACGUGUUUAUGCUAAAGAAUACCUUUUUCGGGACGCGGGAGAUGGGCUACUUCAGCAAGAUGUCACUGCUUUCCAAAGUACUAACGGUCCUGGUGUCAUCCUACCUGAUGGGACUGGUACUGGCUAUGCUGUUGGAAUUCCCAGCCACGGCCAUCCAGAAGCAUCUGUUUGCUAAGAAGCUAGAAGAAGCCACAAUUGAACCAAAGUCAUCGCAAGCUCGAAACAAUAAUGUGAUUACAGUGAAUGGAGCAGUGCCCGCAUGAGAUUUGCCAUUCAUCAUUAAUGAAUUCGUAUGGAAAACGACUCUAUAGACUGUGUUUACACUAAUUUUAAGCCUAUGGUAAUGUUAUUACUAAUAAUAUCA